UUAACUCUUUCACCAAAAAAGCAACAAUAUGCUUAACUCACCGGAGCAGUAAAACCAGAGAGAUUGAACUUUCUUUGAGGGAGAUUGAGUGUUUCAUGAAGGAGAACGAGAAAAGGCAAUAGUUGCACAAGAGAAUCGUUGGGUUUGAUUUCAUAUUGCAAGAGUUCAACCUAUCGCGAAAACACAACAACAAGAUAAGGGCUUGGACAUCCACUGCAGAAUCGUUGUGUUUGAUUUCUUAUUGCAAGGAUUCAACAAAAGAGUUGCAACCUAUCGCGAGAACACAACAGCAAGAAAAGGGCUUGGACUUGGCCAGUUUCUCAUCCCAUUCGAGUGAUACGGUAUUAUUUAUUUGAUAUUUGGUUGUAGACAAAUGGAAGGUGGAACAUCGCAAGUGUUCUUGAAGUUAAUGGGUGGGAAGGCCCCCAAAACUAUUAUCACUGAUGAUGAUCCCCAAAUUGGUGCUGCAAUUGAGAACAUUUGUCCGGCCACCAAGCAUGCAUUAUGCAUGUGGCAUAUUGCAAAAAAAUUCCCUGAAGUGUUGUCUACUAUUUUGAAAGCUCAAUUUAAGGAAUGGAACAAGACAUUUCAAGAACUAAGCAAGAUAGGGACAACCGAAGACUUUGACAAGGGUUGGCAAUCAAUGUUGGAAGAGUACGAGUUAGUAGCCAAUGUACAUUUAAGGAGACUAUUUUGUAGCCGUACUAAGUGGGCGAAACCAUAUCUCAAGCCUUAUUUCUUUGCUGGAAUGAGGACUACUCGCAAAUCCGAGUCAAUGAAUGCAUUCAUAAAGCAAACAAUUUCAUCACAAACUCUUCUAACAGAUUUCAUUGAUCAGAUUGAAAAGACAGUAAGGGCGUUGGAUCAAAAGGGAGAGCAGAAAGGCGUGCAACAAAAAGCAACUAUAGUAUCAAUUUUGACUCAACACCCAAUUGAGUUGCAUGCCUCUAAAAUUCUCACAUUUAUACGCAUGUUAUGA